GAAGGCGGCGCAGGGCGCGGCGUCUCCCCGCGGAGCAGUUGGCGGCGGCGGGGGAGCUCCCGGGGAGGGCGGCGGCGGAGCCCGGCCGCGGGGGGCUGCUGAGCACCGGGCCCGGCCGCGCCGCCGCCGCCAUGGCGAAAGGGAAGAACAUGCCCAAGGCCAGGGCGGGCGGCGCGGAGGAGGCGAGCCCCGAGAACGCCGAGAGGAAGGGCCCCGGCCGCCCCCGGGCCGGUGGGGAGAAUGUGUUUAUUGGUCAAUCCAAAAUCUGCAGCUACCUGAAUCCUAGCAAAACUCCUGGUGCUCGCCCCCCACUUCAAGAAGAAAACUCGGUCAUGUAUCACGAGGUGAAAUGUCAGGGCAAAACACUAAGUGAAACCAACAGAAAAGGAGAUGAACUAGAAACUUGGACUAGAAACCAUUGGAAUUCAUUUAAAAGCACUCUGGUAUAGAUGAUCUUGAGUUCAGAGCCUUACUUUAUUUUCCUGUCACCAGAAAAAAAGAAUGGUAGCAAUAUAAUUGAAGGUGCUAUGAAACCAGACGACCAGAAAGAUAAAGAAAGUGGGUGCAAUACUCCGGUACCCUCUUCUGAUCAAAACCAAGAAACUGCAGAAACUGAGAAGACGCCCCUGCCUUCCGAUGGUGCUGAUGAGGCCAAUGCAAAGCCAGCUCAGAAAAAGAUGGUUAAAACAAAACGCGGACCAAGGAGAAAAACGCAAGGAAGAACCCCAAAUCGAAAAGUGACAGAUUAUUACCCAGUUAGAAGAAGUUCCAGGAAGAGCAAAUCUGAAUUAGAGACUGAGGAAAGGAGGAAAAUAGAUGAACUAAUUACAAGUGGGAAAGAGGAAGGAAUGAAGAUUGAUUACAUUGAUGGCAAAGGGAGAGGCGUAAUUGCUACUAAACAUUUUAAUCGAGGAGAAUUUGUAGUGGAAUAUCAUGGGGAUCUCAUAGAGAUCACUGAUGCUAAAAAGCGGGAAGCCGUGUAUGCUCAAGAUCCAUCCACAGGCUGCUAUAUGUACUAUUUUCAGUACCUCAGCAAAACAUACUGUGUUGAUGCUACAAAAGAAACUAAUCGUCUGGGAAGACUGAUUAAUCACAGCAAAUGUGGCAAUUGUCAAACAAAGCUCCAUGACAUUGAUGGUGUGCCUCAUCUCAUACUGAUAGCUUCCAGAGACAUUAAAGCAGGUGAAGAACUGUUGUACGACUAUGGAGACAGAAGCAAAGCUUCCAUUGCAGCACAUCCAUGGCUGAAACACUAACUCUUCAUCUUUGGGUGUGAUUUUGUGUGUGGAUUUCUAUUUUUUUUGACUGAGCACGCUCUACAAGGAGUCAGUGGAUUUUUAUUUUAUUUUCUCCUGCCCUCAUUUCCCUCAGCUUUCUUAGUGGACUGCUUAUGGUGUUCUGAGCUCCUUGAAAACUACCUUUUUGCUUCGCAGUUUUUAAAUUCCUGUUCCAGAUCUCCAGGCAGGCUUGAGUAAUUGACAUUAGAUUGCCAAAACUUUUAUAUUGUAAACGGAAACCCUCCCUAAAAACUGAACACUUUUUCAUAGUGACCAGUGCCACCUGAGCAUGUGAAGACUUGCACAGAUUGAAACGUAAUCGUUUGGGUUGUGCUUCUACUUUUGCAAUGAAAUCUCAUGCUCCGUUUUGUGGGGUGAUGAACUUGGCAUUAGCUUUAUGACAGCAGAUGUACUUUUGAAUGCUGACUCUUGCAUCCAAUGGCUUGUCUACUUGUCAGACUUGUUUACAUCCCAGUGCUGACAGGAUUUUUUUUGAGAUGGAUGCUAUUGUUUCUGUCAUUCUCAAAUCUGUGUUAGGGAUCUAAGUCUCUUCCAGUGCGGUGUCUCUGGCAAUGAAGUUUAAAUGCACUUGUGCUGAGGGAAAUGGAUGGUCAAAUUGGCUGCUUUCAUCAGAGAAAUGACUCCAAGCCAAAUGUGGAUGGAUUUUGAUAGACUGGGUUGAUAAUGAUUACAAAUGUGGAGCUGUAACUUCACAGUGAGAAUCAAUGCUUGACAUUACUUAUUUUCUAAAUUUGAGAUGGUACCUUUUUAUAGUUGACGGCUGAUUCUUGGAGGUGUCUCCUAGAGGGUUUUAAAGAAGCAAAAGAAGCUCUCUCCAAAAAUUUUUUAUUGCCUUUCUAUGCUAACUAGCCACAUCAGAAGCUAUUUAUUUACUGUGAAUGCUUGAAAUAGAGCAUAGUGGUUCCAAAAAUAGGAGUCAUCUUCAUAUGCAGCUUCAAACUGUAAUGAUGGAGUUCAUGCAAUGAAGAAAGUAGAUUCCUUAUUGCCUGGUCCUGUAGGUCUGUCCAGCACGGUCUGGUCCCACUGUCUUAAAUGGGAGCUGAGCGUUUGGCAUCUUACAGAUGUUUGUAACACGACUGUUGGAGAACCAAAUGGGUGGUAUAGGCGGGCAAUAUACAAUGCAGGUCCUUUAUGUUAAAGAUUAAUUCUUACCGGUUGGAAUUUUUGCCAAGGCAGGCUUGGCAUGUGUGUAGAUGAAGAUGGCUGUGAGCCAUCAGCCACGCUUGCUGCUGGAAGAUGUCGGCAAGGGGUCUGUGGCUCUGUUAAUGUCUUCUAUUCCUCAAGUCUUGAAGGCUGCAGCUGCUCCAGCUAAUGCCCUCUAGGACAAUCUUACAUGCUUGCCUAUGUGAUAGGUUAGACAGCAACAACAUCGUGGUUGUAUGCUCCAGCAGCAAGAGAGGUGGCUUAGUGAUGUAUUUUUUAAAUUAAAAACUUGAAGACAAUGUCUCUGUAAAAUAAAGAAUAUAUUUAUUAUUGAUGAAGUGGCUGCUAUAGUACCUGUCUCCAUUGCAGAUCGUUAGCAUUUUGAAGGAAAGCUGUGAAAAUCAUUAGCCAUUAAAUGCUUAAUGUUAUUUACCAUUUAACACUAGGCAAGCUCAGCAGAGAAAGCCUUUGUAUUUUCACAAUUUCUGAAGGAUUAACUGGAGACCUGUUACCUUACAUGUACUGAGUUACAAGUAAGCUUCUUUGGCUGACUUGUUCUAGUUGGCAGUGAUUUCUCUCUGGUCUCAGUAACAGAGACGCUACAGCAGUGUACAGUACCCUGUUCUAGUAGAGUGCUUCCCUGAAGUCAAAAUUGGAAUCAAAUGCUUCUUUAUUUGUUCUUUAUUUAAACAUUUGCUUGUUCUUAUAUCAGGUUAAAUAGCUUAAAACCUCUGUUCUUCAGCAUCACUUCCGUAAAUGAGAAAGGGAGAAUCUCCCUGUUUUACAUAAAAAGGAAAAUGUCUUCUCUGAAAUGCUUAACUGGUAAUCAAGUAGCACUGCAUCGGAAGAUGGUAAUAAAGCUGAUAUUGCACUGAGAAUGUAUCUUUUACUUUUCUAGGAGCUAUAUAUACAAGUGUAUGUAUAUAUGUGUGCAUAUAUAUGUUUGUGUGUAUAUAUUUCAAAAUAAUUUUCACAAGAACACACAGUUCUGAUUUCAUCCUUGUGCCUUAUAGGAAGGAUUCGCCUUCUAAAUAAGGUUUAAAGCACUUAGCAGGGAAAGAUGUCCUUGGGUUGGGAGUUAAACGUCUCUCAUAAGGCUUGUUCCUCUUUACUGGAGGCAGCAAGGUUGUUUUAGCAGGGCUUUAACCUGCCCUAGCCAAGGAAUUUGCUUCCAUUCUGAGAGAAGUUGGGCGGUUCACUUGAUACCAGACUGGAUGGAUGCAGCUGUGAUGGUGCCGGAAAAGAAUAGCCCCAAACAGGUUGGGGUGCUCUUCUGUCCCCUCUAACUGGUGAGCCCCUGCUUCUAGUUUUCAAUAAAGAACAUCUUCAGUGGCAACUUGAA